CCUCCAGGGCUCCAAAGAUUAAAAAACAGCCAAUUGGACUCCUUCAACUUGGCGGCAACUCUCACUCCUGGUGUCCACCACUGAGUUUGGGCUUUGGUGUCUUGUAAUGUUAUUAUUUUUACAAUUUUAAAUGGAUCGGAGAGCCACGCGGCCAGCAUGUCCAUCUGCAUCGUCGUCAAUACCGCUUCAAGAUGGCGGCCGCGUGUGACGUGAUCUCCACUCGACGAUUGUAGAACCACCACCACCACAGAAGAAGAAGGCAUUGAAAUAGACGCGUGAGUACGACGAGGUUGAUCGAACGUAUCGAAGCGGGAAUUGAAAAUCGUCCAAAUGUUGAAAGAUUUGGUGAGGGAGCGACUGCUUGCGGCCGCCGACGAAAUCUUCGGACUUUUUGAGAAAACAAUCGCGUCGUACGAGGAGCAACUUCGUCGAGCGAGAGAGGAGAGCGAGCGGCAACGACGACAACUGGAAGCUUUUUCCAAGACGCAACUGGUGUUGCACGUCCCAGACGCGCAGGGGCUGAUGGGUCACCAAGCACAACAACUUCCCCCUCAGCUGCAGGGGACCCCCGCCGAUGUGGAGCACACGCAGCCCCUCCAAGUUAAAGAGGAGGACGAGGCGACGGCUGUCCCCACGAAAAGUGAUGAAGGACCCCGCGAGUUGCAACACGUGAUGACAGAGACCAAAGGACUCCGCGGCGCCGUUCCGCAAGGAGACCACCUCUUCGCUCCGCUGUCCGACAGCGACGACAUUGAAGAACUUUUGAGGAGCGGGACGGACAGCGAAGAACUGGAGGGAAGCUCCAGUUUGGCGCAUGUCCGGCUUCGCCGCAUUAAGCAGGAAGAGGAGGAAGAGGAGGAGGAGGAGUCCAGCAUCAGCAACAUGCUGCUGACCGGCGCCGCGGCGAAGAGCGAAGAUGACGACAAAUCGCCCGACUGGUCCCCGCUUGAGCAUCAGAGUCCGACGCCGCGCGGCCAGUCGCACGUGAGCACCCGCGCCGGGGAGAAAUCCUUGAGCUGCUCAGUUUGCGGUCACAGAGCCUCUCGACAGAUUCACCUGGUGGCGCACAUGAGGAAACACAGGGGGGGUAACCCCUUGAGCUGCUUCGUUUGCUGCCAAAGGUUUAGUUCCAAGGCGGCUUUGGCGGCGCACCGGGUCACGCACGCCGCCGGCAAACCUUUCGUCUGCCCGGUUUGCGGCAAAAUCUUUUCCUGCGAGAAAAACGUCAGCGAUCACAUGCGCACGCACAGAGAGGACUCCUAUCGUUGUUCCGUUUGCGAGAAGCGCUUCGCUCAGAAGGUGACGUUGGAAUGGCACAUGAAAGCGCACGCCUUGGAGCAAACCUUCACCUGCUCGUUUUGCGGCAAAACCUUCUCUCAAGAGGCCUCCAUGGCGACGCACGCGCAGAUACACACGGGGGGGAAAGCCUUCGCCUGCGCUGUGUGCGGCAGGAGGUUCUGCGUCGAGGCAAACAUGGCGGCGCACAUGAAAACGCACGACGGCGGGAAACUACUCUCGUGAACCGACUCGCAAACGUGCUCAUCCGAUCGCCUUCAGAGACCUUCGUGGCCUAGCGUGUCCGACUCUCAAGCAUGAAAAUAACUCGUGUGAAGUUUAAUGCUUGAUUUGCGAUUCGAGCUUCACACAGGUAAGAAACAUGGCUGACGGUGUGACAACUUUUGCUCAGGGUGGUGCCACGUGCCGAAAACAUGCGCCACAUAUGCUGCACAUUUGACCUGGACCAAUGCCCCCCCCCCAAAA